AUGGAUAAUAAGUAUCAGGGUGAUAUAAAGAAGAAACUCAAUUACAAGUUAUUGAAAAGAACUAUGCACUUUGUUUUAUCACUGUCUGUGUUUUCUUUCUUUGUUUGGUACUCUUCUGGCUUCUCCAUAGUCCCUCAGUGUUUCAAUGCUUACUUCUCUACGUGCCUUUUCUCCAUGCUCACUCGCACUUUUCAAAGGAAAUACAUGUUUAUAAUCUGUAAUGCCAUCCUUGCUCUUCUAGCCAUCUCACCUUCUCACAUCGAAUUCCAAGCUUCCACGACGAAGGCACAAGUUUCUGAAGAACCAGUUAGAGCUUUUCGGUUCGUAGAGAAUGCUCCUCUUGUUAUUGAAGAGGAAGAAAUGGAAGAAGCGAAAAGGCAAGAAGAAUAUUCCGAACAGGUAUCAGAAGAUGAACCCGACACAGACACAUUGUUUAUUGCAGAAGAAGAUGUGGUGGGGAAGGAUGAAGAAGCAGAAGAAGAAGGAGGGACAGGAGAUGCUAGUGAAGUAAUGGUGGCAAAAGAUGAUAAAUUGGUAGCUGCUACAACAAAGGAAACAAACGAAGAUCAACUAGCAAAUACAGAUGAGCUGAAUAGAAAAUUCGAAGAGUUUAUAAGGAAAAUGAAGGAGGAGAUGAGGAUUGAAGCUCAACGACAACCAAUUGAAGUGUAA